AUGUCUCAGUACCUCAACAAGAUGGAAGUCGGCAACUUCGUCGCCAUGCGAGGGCCCAAGGGUAAAUUCAAGUACCGCCCCAACAUGUGCCGUGCGAUGGGCAUGAUCGCAGGAGGCACCGGGGUGACUCCCAUGUUCCAGGUAGCACGAGCCAUUCUGGAAAACCCUGCAGACCGCACCAGCAUCUCGCUCAUUUUUGCCAACGUCACAGCCGACGAUAUCCUGCUCAAGCUCCUCACCCCCUCCGCCGUUCUGCGCCCCUCUGCCCCUCCGCCCUUCCGCUCCCCUCUGCCCCUCCGCCCCUCUGCCCCUCUGCCCCUGCGCCCUUUCUCCCUGUUACAGGACGAGCUAGAGGCGCUGCAUAAGUAA